UCAUAAUAAGUGGUCAUUUGUUUCAUUUUCCACUUGACAAAAAACCAAAGCCUCAUAUUUGGCUUUCCACUGUCCACGAGUCUCCACAACCAGAGUGACACGAGUACGCAGCCAUGGCAACGGUGGCACAACCGUGUCCUUCAUGGACUCGCGGUUCCAUUCCCUUCCCGAAGCGCAUCUCACGACGUCGUUUCACCGGCAGAACCAGCCUCACGCGCGUGAACCCGCAGCUCCAAGCUCGAGCUGCUGUGGUGGAAGCAACGCCGCCGCCGCCUUCAAGCGCCAGAGACCGGUCCAGCCAGGUCCUGACCCUCCCAGCGAACCGUGCCGGUGAGCUGCAAGCAGAAGGCAGAGCCAUGACUCGUGCCGUCAAUGCCACCGUCUACAACCCCCAACUCUUGGCCUCUGAGUACGGUUCACAGCCCCUGAAGGUGGUGGUGCGGAGGACCCUUCAGAUUCUGACAGCGUUGGGUUCUUUUGGGUUGAAGCUGUUGUUGGACCAGAGGAGUGGAAUGAUUGAUCAGAAUAAGAGGGCUCGUGCUUCUGAGCUCAAGACCACAUUCACUCAGCUUGGACCAACGUUUGUGAAGUUGGGGCAGGGAUUGUCGACCAGGCCUGACAUAUGCCCACCAGAAUAUUUGGAAGAGCUCUCUGAGCUUCAAGAUGGUUUGCCUACAUUUCCUGAUGAGGAGGCCUUUGCAUGCAUUGAGAGGGAAUUAGGACUAUCUCUUGAAUCCAUUUUUUCUUCUAUAACACCAUCACCCAUGGCAGCUGCUAGUUUGGGUCAAGUAUAUAAAGCUCAGUUGAAGUAUUCUGGGAAACUUGUAGCCGUCAAGGUGCAACGCCCUAGCAUUGAGGAAGCUAUAGGAUUGGACUUCUACUUGAUAAGAGGUCUCGGGUUUUUCAUAAAUAAAUAUGUGGACAUAAUCACCACUGAUGUUGUUGCACUUAUUGAUGAAUUUGCUCGUAGAGUUUUUCAGGAGCUCAACUAUGUGCAGGAGGGACAAAAUGCAAGGAAGUUCAAAAAAUUGUAUGCUGACAAGGAAGAUGUCUGUGUCCCUGAUGUUUUCUGGGAUUACACAAGUGGCAAAGUACUGACAAUGGAGUGGGUUGAUGGUGUCAAACUAAAUGAGCAAGAAGCUAUUGAGAGACAAGGGUUGAAAGUCUUGGAUCUGGUGAACACUGGCAUACAGUGCAGCCUUAGACAGCUACUUGAGUACGGGUAUUUCCAUGCUGAUCCUCAUCCUGGGAACCUUUUAGCAACGCCUGAGGGAAAGCUUGCUUUUCUUGACUUCGGGAUGAUGAGUGAGACUCCAGAAGAAGCGAGAGUUGCCAUAAUUGGUCAUGUUGUUCACUUGGUUAACCGGGAUUAUGAAGCUAUGGCUCGUGACUACUAUGCUCUUGAUUUCCUGUCACCUGAUGUUGAUGUUUCUCCAAUUGUACCAGCACUUCGAAACUUUUUUGAUGAUGCACUUAAUUAUACCGUGAGUGAACUUAACUUCAAGACACUAGUGGAUGGUCUGGGAAAUGUUUUAUAUCAAUUUCCAUUUAAUGUUCCAGCAUACUAUGCUUUAAUAUUGAGGUCUCUUACUGUUUUAGAAGGUUUAGCACUUAAUGCUGAUCCCAAUUUUAAGGUGCUUGCGGCUUCAUACCCAUAUUUUGCUAAGAGACUCUUAACAGAUCCAAGUCCAUAUCUAAGAGAUGCUCUCAUUGAGUUGCUUUUCAAGGAUGGGAGGUUCAGGUGGAGUAGACUUGAAGAGCUUCUUGUUCAGGGGAGAAUGGACCGAGAUUUCUCUGCUAAAGAAGCUUUACAACCUGUCCUAAAGGUAUUAUUGAGUCCAGAUGGAGAAGUGCUCAGGACUCUUGUUAUCAAAGAGGCUGUUCGUGUCACUGAAGCUUUUACUCUUAGCACAAUUUCUGAUUCAUACAAGUCAGUUCCUGAUUUUAUGAGGGCUCUUGUUUUCAAUGGCAAUGCGAAUGCACCCCUUAUGAUGUCAGAAGCUGAAUUACAAUACAUGAUAGAGCUUAGAGAUCAAGUAUUCAGGAUAUGGAGACUUCUGCAGUCCUCUAAUGAUUUUGAUCCAGCACUUUUGCUACCUAUACUACAGGUCCUUCAGCAACCUGAGGCACGAAGACUUGGGGGGAGUGUUAUGGGUGGCAUCACUCAGCGUCUUGCAGCACGCUUUCUGCAACAAGUACUUCGUGUUCCAGCAACAGCUUCUACAUAAAUAUCGUUUCACUGUCAACAAAUGUAGUCUAGAUAAGGUUAUUGUCAGCAGGGAAAGAGGAGUUACAUUACAUUCUUAACACAGCAGGAAAAUUUAUGAAGUUGAUUCUUCCAAAUUUGUAUAUCUCAUUCCUUUUGGAUCCUAUAAUUUGUUGCAAAUGACUGUAUAUUACUGUAUAUAUUAUUUACCCUGUAUUAUUGAUGCUGCUCUCAUGAUGAUCAGCAUCAACAGAUAAGAAUAAUGUAAUAUAUAAAAUGGAAAGGCAUUUCUCUUGCACAUCUUGCUCUUCGUUUUU